AUGCCGCUGCGGCACGCCGUAGCUUCAUACUGCUCUCCAGCGACAUGCCACGCGGCUACGAACGGCACUCCAGCGACACACCGUCCUUUGCUGUCUCUCCUGCACCUCUGCGACUGCUCCGAGCAGUAUGUUAGUCUUCUUUCAAGACCCACGACCUUGACUCACCACAUCUCAAGCGCGCUUCACAAACGACCUGCACGUAUCAAUAUGAGCGUGCGGAAGCCUCGGUAUCGCUUCUACUAUCGCGACGAUGCCACAAAAGAGCGAUGCGAUGCGUGCCUCCGCGCCAUGCUGCAUUUCGCGCAACAACCAAGCGCGUCAAGCAUCAACGCGGAUCUCGCGCAACGCGCUCUUCGCUUUCGUCAACACUCGAUUGAGCACCUCGAAAUCGACGACUCCACGCAAGAUGCCUUUGAGCGUCUCGGUGUUGUCUGGCACAAGCUGCACCCUACGUCACAAUGA